AUAGGCACAUGCUCUACAGCCAUAGUUUGCGCAGCGACCUGCGAGAGCUCUGUGCCUUAUAAGCUGUUCGCCACCUGGCCCCGCAUACUUAUUUCUAGUUCGCGCAUUUCUCCGCGGGCUGAAGAAGACGCAAAUCGGCAAAUCCAUCCAUCCAAGAAAGUGUGAAACAGUGAAGUGAUUCGCCAAUCAUCAUCGGGUUAAGAUUUGUAUAAUUGGCUGCGACGCUUCCCUUUGCCAAUUCAGACUCGAUUCAACGUUCGGCGCGAUCAGUUGUGAGCGGCUUUUAUAGGGCAAGUUAUGAAUGUGGUCCAGGAAUUGGCCGACUGUUUAAAAAGUUAUUAUUAAUACUGAUUCGGUGGCCAAUUACCAAACGAUCAUACUACAGAGGUUGUGAACCGUGCGUGCGUGUUGGUGUGAGUUUUGGCGAUCGAUAGUGUCGUGAAGGCUGGAUCAAAACGGAAUAAACAUUGAUCGAGAAGGGAUUCACAUCUUAAGAAUCCUGCUAUUUUAGUGCUACUUUAGAACAGGUGAUUAUUGCUCGUGUUGUUAGCAAAUACAGGAUUGCAAACACCGGCCAUGACAAACGAGAAGCGACCAGGUGGUACAGUGCAUGCGGAUGCAGAAGAUGUAUAUCGACAACUGACACCAAAAAAUAAUCUACAGCUGAUCAGCCCAACGUUGACCCCAGCUUCCGGAAAGGUGAAGGAUGCGGAAGAUGGGACACUUGUUGGAUUGUAUGGAUCUGUCGUUGAGUUGGCGCGGGCUGCCAGCAAACGGAGCAAUCGAAUGCAGCUCAUGAUGAGCAUUUUGGCAAAUCUGACAGUGCUGUCCUCCGGAAUGGGUUUGGGAUACUCUGCAAUCACGUUGCACUCGCUCACAAGAGAAGAUGAUCCAUUGCGGCUGAACUCGGAUCAAGCGUCGUGGUUUGCUUCCAUAAAUUCAAUCGCGUGCCCCUUCGGUGGACUGAUAUCAGGCUAUUUGCUGGAUCGCAUCGGACGAAAAUGGACCCUGGUGCUGAUCAACGUGCUGUCCAUUGUCUCGUGGGCGCUGAUUGCCGUGUCGAGCAGCACCAACUUCGAGCUGAUGUAUACGCAGAUUCUGAUCGCCCGGGUCGUUAUAGGCCUGGUGAUCGGCUUGGUGAGUGCUCCUGCAUCAAUUUACUCAGCAGAAAUCGCCACACCCAGCAUGCGAGGUCGCCUCACCGUACUCACGUCCCUUGCGAUCGCCCUAGGCAUCCUGAUGAUCUACACCUUCGGCUACUUCAUCCCGGAAAACUUCCGCUUGGUGGCCGCCAUUGCCGGGGGAUGUUGCGUGUGUUCCCUGUUGAUGUUGAUUCCGCUGCCCGAAUCUCCGGCAUGGCUCAUGUCCAAGGAACGGGAAUCGGAGGCAGAACGAUCGCUGAAGAAAAUUCGAGGAUUUGGAAACUGUGACAAAACGAUUCCGGAAAUUGAACACGAGCUCUCGCGCUUGAGAGAUAACGUCGAAGCGCAAAAGCUGGCCGGAAAGGAACGGUUCGUGGAUCUGAUCAGGCAGCCUCAGGUCUACAAACCACUGGGAGUGAUCAUCGGAUUCUUUGGGUUCCAGCAAUUUUCUGGAAUAUUCGUAGUGGUGGUGUACGCAGCAAAAGUUUCAUCGGAAGCGAGCGUUUCGAUCGAUCCCUUCCUGUGCACAGUUCUGAUUGGGAUAACUCGUGUUAUCGCAACAACCUUGGUAGCCUACAUUUUGGACACCCUUGGACGCAAGCCGCCUUCGAUCUUCUCCGGCGUGGGAAUGGCCGCCUGCAUGUUCGGCAUUGCCGCUUGUAUUUUCCAUCCUCCAGCGGAGAAUCUUCGAUGGCUCCCGACGUUCCUCAUCAUUACUUACAUCUUCACCAGCACCUUAGGAUUCCUCACGAUGCCUUUUAGCAUGCUAGCCGAAUUGUUCCCACAAAAAGUACGCGGACCUGCUUCCGGAGUGACCGUAUUCUUCACCUAUCUGAUGUCGUUUGUGAUCAUCAAACUGUACCCGACGAUGGUCGAAGGUAUGGGCAGUGCCAAUGUGUUCAUCUUCUACGGAGCCGUAUCGCUUCUAGGUGUCCUGUAUGUGUGUUACAUAGUGCCGGAAACGAAAGGAAAAUCUCUGCAAGAAAUUGAAGACUACUUCCGCGGAAAAGUGCUGACCAGGCGAUCGAGUCAAUCGGCCGAUGAGGACUGCGCAGAUCUUUCAUCAUCCGCCGAAGCGUGAGGUCAUAGCGGCGGCACUACUAAACUAAAUCGCACGUACUUAAAAGAUCAUUUCUCUUCAUAUAUGGAAAGCAUUUCGGCAGUUUGUAGUUUUGUUUUGAUCGACGAGCAUGUUUUAAUUGCUGAUGGAGGCAACGGACAAUGAUGGAAAGUUAUCAAAAUUCAUCAAAUGGUGCCAAUUGUUUUGAACUCAUUUAGACUUCGUAGAUGAUCCAAGGGAGAUCGUUGAUUAGUGUGAGCAAAUUUAGUUCAAUUAGCAAAAAUUGCUGCAUGAAGAACAAAAAACACCGCUUGAUUAACAAGGAAUUCAAUUCCAUCACUCAAAGCAGUUACCGUACUGUGAUAGAUUUAAUACUUUACUGUUGUUAGUUAACAAAAAAUGUUUUAAGUAGGCAACAAUUUUUAUCCAGUGAACAUUAUGUUUGUAAGUUUUAGACUAAACUUUAGCACAAAAAUAUAUUGUUUUCAACAUU